AUGGCGGCGGCCGCCUCCCUGCAUAUCCUGAGGAUUGUGCUGAGCUGCAGACAGAUAGCGGCGGAGGUGACGGCUCCUGCUUCGGUGGCAAUAGUGGCCAUGGCGUCCUCGUCGGAGCAGGAGUUCGUGGCAGAGCAGCGGACGAGGCUGAACCGCUUCCCCCGGUGCCGCACCUUCUGGGACGCCAGGGUGGCCUCUCGCGUAGGGGAUAAGUUGGCUCUCCGUCUCCACGAGGCUGGCGUCCCCAGCCUCCAGCUCCACAUAGGCGAAGGCCUCUCCUGGCCGGUUCACCAUCGCCGCCCCGCUGCCUCCCUCUUCGAUUCGUUGGAGCGAGCGGGGAUUCUCGUCUACGGUGCCGAGCCGCUGAUGGAGGACGCUAGGACUGGGGCCUCCUCCAUUAUUUGCUCCUACGAUUGA